AUGAGAGAUUCCAAAGAAACAGUUCAAGAGCUCUGCCUUCGACUAGAAGAGUCUACAAAACUCAAAAAGAAUGGUCGAUGCAGGAAAAACACAUAUGCAGCCAAGAACAAUGCAAACGUAUUGUUAGAUUCAUGGAGGUUCCAAGACUACGACUACGGCACUGGUAAAGUGAAACUUCCCAUUGAAGCAAGGGGUUUGUUCACCUACAAUAACGACACCAUAAUAGUCCGAGGUUACGAUAAGUUUUUCAAUGUCGGCGAAAAAUCAUUUACCAAGGAGGAGUACCUUUGUAAGCACACAGUGGGACCUUACGAUGUCACGUUAAAAGAGAAUGGGUGUAUCAUAUUCAUCAGUGGGCUUCCCACAGGAGAGAUUGUUGUUUGUUCGAAACAUUCCACGGGAGAACGAGACGACAAUACAACAAAGAACCAUGCAAUUGAGGGUGAAAAACAGCUUAGACUGCAAAUCGGCGACGCCAGACUCGGCGAGCUUGCAAGGUACUUGUAUGAAAACUCGUUGACCGCCGUUGCCGAGCUUUGCGAUGACGAAUUUGAAGAACACGUGCUUGCAUAUCCAAAAGAAAAGGCUGGUCUUUACAUACACGGGUUGAAUCACAACACAGUCAAAUUCCAUACCGUUCCUAUUGCGGAAGUUGAAAAAUUCGCACACGAGUGGGGGUUCAAAUUUGUUGAAACACUUCGAAUAGAGGACACCGCGAAUUUGUUUAAUUUCUUGCACAAGUGUGCAGAAACGGGAACUUAUAACGGAAGAGAAGUUGAAGGGUUCGUUAUCAGAUGCAAGAAACUACACGCGCUAAACACGAUACUGAAGAAAGAGGCAAAUACUGGCGCGGUUGCCACCUCAACGAGUCAAGAUUUGAAACAAGAACUUAAUCAAGAACUUAAUCAAGAACUUAAUCAAGAACUAAAUCAAGAGCAGGAGAGUGAAGAUUUUUUCUUUAAAUACAAGUUUGAAGAACCAUAUUUGCUUUAUAGACAAUUCAGAGAGGUGACGCGACAAAUGCUUGACGGUAAAACCAUAGAGUCGAUUCCACUCAAGAAACACCAAUAUGUCACCAGACAGUAUCUCAAGUUUGUAGCAAAUUUGUUUGUACAACAACCACAAUUGAAAGAGGAGUUCUCCCAGAACCAUGGUAUAAUUAAAGUGAGGCAAUUGUUUCUCGAGCACUCACAAACGAGCGGAAUGAAUUUGCUUGACCUUGAUAAGGCAUUAACGGAGGCGGCAAAAAAUAAUAUGGACGAAAGUGAAAGAACCAAAUUUGUGUUUGUUCCCAUCUCGACUAUUGGGUGCGGGAAAACAACAGUUUUCCACACACUCAAACUAUUAUUUCCAGACUGGGGACACGUGCAAAACGACGAUAUACCGCGUAAUGCCAAAUUGAAGAUUGUGGACCGUGCUUUGCAGUUGUUGGCGGAUAGCCCAGCUGUUUUGUUUGAUCGAAACAAUUCAUCUUUGCGAGAAAGAAGAGAUAUUUUCAAAAUGGUUGAUGAAAAAAGGUCAAAUUAUCUAGAUGGUAUGUUUGUGAUAAAGUAUGUGGCAUUAAAUUUUGUUCCCAGCGAAACAACUGAUGAUGAGCUAUGGAAUAUCACGUUUGGUAGAGUCAAAGAGAGAGGCGACAACCACCAACUGAUCAAAUCUGGUAGUGAUGAGGAGUUGGCAAGAAAAGUCAUGAUGAGCUUUAUCCAUAGAUUCCAGCCACUUGAUGCGGACAAGUUACCCGAUCUGCAGUUUCAUCAUGUUAUAAACUUAAAGUUGGCAAAGAACUCGUCAUUGGAGAAUGUCAAAAUUAUCAUUCAUAGCUUGGCAAAGGCGUUCCCAAAGCUUAUGCCAACUCUGAAAGUACCAUCCGAAGAGCUGAUUGAGAUGGCGUUCAGAGAAAGUUUGGCUUAUCAACCGUCAUUUACCAAAAAUAUGGGUAAUAAUGUUGUUGGCAACGAUCAGCAAAAGAAGAAGAAAGAGCCAACUUUUUAUGGUAUUGGUGUUGGUCGCCAUCAUAUUGUUUCAAGCUUAGAGCAAAUUCUUGAAAAUGAGGAGUAUAUCAACCUCCAAAAUGGUGGUUAUGUGCAAGAGGAAUUCCAUGUAACUUUGGCGCAUAUUGCCAGCUCGAAAUUACCAGGAAAUAAACCAAAAUGGAAGAAUUUGGUGAAGCUACUUGGGGUUGGCGAGUCGAAUAGCGGAAGAAACAAGUUGGAAUUUUCUGCCGACUUGAAAUUACGUCAGAUUGUCAUCAAUAAGGGGAAACUCAUCUGUAUUGCAUGCGAGAUUGAAAAUGUUUACAACAACGAGAAGAAAAUAGUUGAGAUUGAGCCACUUAACAAAUUUUUCCAUGUCACCGUAGGAUGUUUUCCACCGGUAAAGGCAGUUGAAUCAAACGCUACGUUGUCUGAACUUUACGAAGUACAAGGAGCUUUCCCAAAAGAUGGCUCUUAUAAUAUUGGUGAAGACAAAAUCGAGGUGGUAAAUAUUACCACGGAUCUUUGCAUUACUAACCAAAAUCUAUUUGCAUUCUUUUAG